AUCUCUCUCCAGCUUAAUUACUUCCUGGUUCCUUUUAUCCUUUCUAUGACUGUCUUGUUAUGCAAUAUGUUGGCUCAAUUCUAGCGCCUAUCAUAUUCCUAUUCGUCACCCUCCACCUAUCCUGACACCCAUCCAACUUCCACGUCUCCCUCCCCAUAACAUCAACAAUGCCUCGAGCACCUCCAGCUGGCAUGGUGGUGCUCUCCGCCAUUGCCUUGUUCGUUUGGUAUGUUGUUUAUACUUCUGGGCACCAUAGGGAUGUCUCAGCUCUAUCCCAUGCCGACCGAUUUGGAUUUGCACAAAAGCCUGCGCCUCACCCUUUACCUGAAGUUUCCACUCCCACUCCUCCAGUCAUUCAUGGCGACAACAUCAUGGGCAAGCUAGGCAACGAAACCCUCAAGGAAGAGCUAGGUCGUGCCGCAUGGAAAGUCCUUCAUACCACUAUGGCCAGAUUCCCCGACAAGCCAACACCUGAUGAAAGCGAAGCCUUAAAUCAGUACAUGUUCCUCUUCGCCCGACUAUAUCCCUGUGGUGAAUGCGCCCAGCACUUUCAGAAACUUUUGAAGAAAUACCCUCCUCAAACGUCUUCUCGAUCGAGUGCCGCCGCUUGGGCGUGCUUUGUUCAUAACCAGGUCAAUGAGCGCAAGGGCAAGCCUAUCUUCGAUUGCGCAAACAUUGGUGACUUUUAUGAUUGUGGCUGCGCUGAUGACGAGAAAGAAGCAAUUGCUGCCGCGGGAGCAAAGAGUGACAAAAUUGCCAAAGGAGAAUUAUCCAAGCACAAUACUGUGGAGAUUGAGACAGAGGGCCCAACAAGAGGAGGCUGAAGUCUCUGACAGAGUGUGAAACAUCACCAGGAUAUAUUCAUGCUAAAUCCAACUACCCGAUGAUGUGCCCAGGCUUCAACCCACCACCCACCCCUUCCUACACUAUGGACUCACAAUAGUCGUCUUUGAUGAAUCCGUUGAUUCGAUCUGGCCGACUCUCCAGCCGACAAGUUUCGAAAGCUCCUCUCUGCGCUUCUCUCUUGCAGCACGGACUGGCUCGUCUCUUGGCCAACCGCCGCACGAUACGCAUGCACAUAUUGGAUUGCUCCUGGUCUUGACUCAUUUGUGAACUGGGUGGCUCUUCAUUUUCUGGUGUCAAUUCCUCUUCCUUCUCAGCCACCUUAUUCCGAUCCUCCUCGAAGGGAUUCAGGCUCCUGAAUCCAACAUCAAUAAAGCAUCUGGUUGGCACAUGCCAUUCGGUCUCGAGUGCCUGCUCGUCUUCGACCAGUCCAUUACCGGGAACCCUUUGAUAUGUUCCGCUCUUGGCACAUUUCUUGCAAGGAUUUUGCAGCAGAUAGUUGUAAUCCUUUAUGGUGCAACCUCGAGUACCUGCAGACUCGCAGAUGGCAUUUCGAAAUCUGUGAGAGGCGGGAUGGCGGCAGAUGAACAGAUAUCGUCUGGUGAUGCACAUAUCUAGCUAGUAUUUGAACCUUGAGCAAAUCGAUGCCGAAGUUUGGUUUGGAGAGGGUUAAUUGAGCAAGCUACAGUUCGUGGUCAAGUUCUUAUCAGAUUUUCUUGAUGAAUGGUUUUUGAAUGCUCUGCGUGUGAACAGCAAAACCUUUGCGGUUGGCGGACUAAUCUAUCAACCCGUCUGAGGGCCUCGAGCCCAGAAAUACAAAUUGAUGGCCUGGAGAUGAAAGAGAGUCACAAGUGGACCCGAACUGACAGAAUCGACCACGUUUUGCUUCUAGCCAUGACUUUUGGUUUGUUCUUCUUUGUUACCUUGUCUCGAUUCUCGUUCUAGAAGGUCUAGAUGCUCCAGUCAUCGGCCACCGGCCACCAGCCACGUGGUGGAAUGUCACAAAGAAGACAUUCGCAAUUUAAUUCUUCAUUCGACUAGCAAGACGUCUCGCUUUGUACUUAUCUAGUGGUCUACUUAUAUACCGUGAAUGGUCUUGGAAGUCAGAUGAGACAGGACGUGACACACCUAGUUUCUAGGUAUCUCAGACCUGAUCAAAGAACGUGUCUAAUUUGGAGAAUCAGAUGCGAGAAUAUCUCUUUCAUUUGUGCAUGUACAUUCUAAGCAAUUACUAUCAAC